UCACUCUACUCCUCCUCCUCAUCCUCUCUCUCUAAACCUCCCAUAUUGUUUCUCUCUCUACAAGGUCCAGCCAAAAUGGCAAAAGGAGUGGAAGUGGUGGAGGAGGGAACAUUCUCAGCCAAGGACUACGAGGAUCCACCGCCGGCGCCGCUGAUGGACCCGAAGGAGCUGGGAAAGUGGUCGUUUUACAGAGCCCUUAUUGCAGAGUUCAUAGCCACUCUUCUCUUCCUUUACAUUACUAUUCUCACAGUGAUUGGCUACAAGAGCCAGUCCGCCACCGACGAUUGCGGCGGCGUUGGCAUUCUCGGCAUCGCCUGGUCCUUCGGCGGCAUGAUCUUCGUCCUCGUAUACUGCACCGCCGGUAUUUCUGGGGGUCACAUUAACCCGGCAGUGACAUUCGGGCUGUUCUUGGCGCGGAAGGUGUCGCUGAUAAGAGCGGUGAUGUACAUGGGGGCACAGUGCGCUGGGGCCGUUUGUGGUGUUGGGCUUGUGAAGUUGUUCCAGAGUUCGUACUACGAAACGUACCAAGGCGGAACCAACAUGGUCGCCCCAGGGUACAACAAAGGCACUGGACUCGGCGCUGAGAUCAUCGGAACUUUCGUCCUUGUUUACACUGUCUUCUCUGCCACUGAUCCCAAGAGAAAUGCCAGAGACUCCCAUGUCCCUGUGUUGGCACCACUUCCAAUUGGAUUUGCUGUGUUCAUGGUUCACCUUGCCACCAUCCCGGUCACUGGCACUGGCAUCAACCCUGCUAGGAGCUUUGGAGCUGCAGUUAUCUACAACAAGAAGGCGGUCUGGGAUGAACAUUGGAUGUUUUGGGUUGGACCCUUCAUCGGUGCAGCUAUUGCGGCCUUCUACCACCAGUUCAUCUUGAGAGGGGGUUCCACCUUUAAAGCGCUCUCAUCGUUCAGGAGCAGCUCUUAGAUUAAACCAAGCUUUGGAAAGAAGGAGAUGAAAUGAGAUGGUGAGAUAUUUCAAGAAUGAAAUAAUGGAGGAGUGCUCAUGGGUCUAGUGUCUCAAGGUUUUCUCUUGAUCUCUCUUUCUGCUGCAUUAUUAUUAUUCAAGAUUGAAGGAGAGAGAGCCACAUGGGAGAGUCAUUGAGAACCAUGGAUAUGUAGAUAAAAAGUCUCCUUGGAUAGGGAUAGUUUUUUUUUUUUAAUUUCAAAACCCUUUUGUUUGUCUUUAGCACUGUAUCUUGAAUCUAAUUUAGUGGUGUUGUCAUCUUUU